GAGGGGAGAACAAACGAUUUUAGACCGUAUGAUAUAGACGGAUGGACGGUAUGGAUUCAAUUUUCCUACGGCACUUCGUGCCUUUAUAAGUAGUAGAGAUAGAGAUAGAGAUGAGACCUAACGUAAGAAGAGAGAUGGUCUUAUCCCAUAUUAUCCAAGUCUCGACCCAGCCUAAAAACCCAAAUUCGCGUUUGCCCCAGCCUCGCGUGAGAAACAACGCAUCCACGUAGGAUCGUAUGAAUUUCGGACGAAAUUUGUCGUAGGUAUAGCAAGACUUGUAGACAUUACGUGGGCCCUCAGGUAAAAACGAGCCGAGCCAGGUUCUCGGUCUUCGGUUCCACGCCCCCGUCUUCGGAUCGCUCCCAUCGAAACCCUAGCAAUUUGGCACCCUGACACCGCCGCAUGCUGAUCGCCGGCAGGUUACGUCCACCGCCCUCCGGCGAUGAUAUGCACACACGCCCCCAAGUAGCAAUCUGGAUCGAGCCUCAUGGUCGAUGGCAGUAUGGCAUGAGAAGGCGGAGAUUCGAUCUGCACGGUUUGUACACAUAUUCUUACAGUUGCCGAUCCAUCUCUCGUCAACAUACUGCAGACCUGAUUGAUCUGUUGCCCCAACUUAUCAAUCCAACAUAUUAGCACGCCAAUAAUUUGGCGAUGGCAGAAGUUGCCAAAAGAAAUUCGAGCCGAACAUUUGUUGACCUGCUAAUAUAUUGGUUUGGUAAAUCGAUCCCAUCAACCAAUCAACAACCCCCAUGAACAGAUGCAUAGGCCACGGUUCGUGAUGCAGAGCACAGUGCAAGUCAUGCAUGCUUCAGGUGUCUACGGGUGCAUGAUCCAAUCAGACAUGUUAUGUGCAUCGACAUGCCAGCAUAUCACACUUUUUGUUAUUAAAGGAUGGGCCUGGCGGCUGGCACGGUAUCUCCUGGGUCCUAAAUUUCAAUCAGCCUCUUCACAAAGAAGAUACAGUGUAACAAAAACAAAGGAAAGAUUGCCUCGGGCUAUAACGUGUGGAAGCUUUGCUACUAGUUAUCCGACUCUGCUGACAACAUACACUGCAAGGAAAAACUGUCGAAAUAUGAACCUCUUGAUGAUGCUGCGAUAUCUAAAUGGCUCCUGUCAAUUAUUGGCACUCACAGUGCCCAUAACAUUGAUGUUAUUGUGGAUACAGUUCAUGAACUUGCCCCCAGUACAAACUGGCUGCAUGUAAUGGAAAAUCUUGAUCAUGAGGAUCUCAAUAUUCCGGAUGAAUCAGGCUUUAAUUUACUGAUGGCGGUAUAUGCCAGAGCUUCUAAGGAGCCGUUUCCACUGCAUGCUGUUUGUGGGUCACUGUGGAAAAAUACCGAUGCCCAAAUAUCAUUUUUAAAGCAUGCUGUUAUGGCUCCUCCUGAUAAGUUUUCAUUUUCACACUGCUCAAGGCAGCUGGAAUAUCUGGAUUUGGGUAGUCUUAGUCGAGGCAAUCAGGCUUGGUACUGCCUUGACCUUUUGGAGGUGUUAUGUCGACUUGCUGAUGCUGGACACAUUGUGUCGGUGCGGUUGAUGAUUGAGGAUCCACUGGGACAUUGCCCUGAACUAUUACUCCUUGGUCUUGGACAUGUCAAGACUGAGCAUAAUCUCCUUCAAAAAGAAGUUCUAUCAAGUGUAUUCUCUACUGUACUGAAGGACACUGCAAAAAGCAAUGUGGUUAAGUAUCUCUGGAGAGUUAACCCCUGCCUUACGCUUGGAGGAUUUGUCGAAGCUCAUUCUGAUCGAAAAUGUCUUCUUAGAAUUGCUGAUCUAUGUCAACAGUUGCAGAUCCUUUCUGCUGUCCUUGAUUCUGCUCCGUUCCCAUUCAACAUUAAACUGGCUGCUGCUGCUUCUAGGAAAGAUCAGGACCUUGUUGGGAAGUGGCUGAGUGAAAAGUCAGAAGUAUACAAGAGCCUUUUUCUUGAGGAAUGUGUUAAUAUCCUGGAAGAAAUUUUGAGCAGCUCCCCCAUGAAAGAACCUCAAGCCGAAGAUAUGAAUAUGUAUUGGCGGUCUUCUCCUCUUUUUUUAGAGGUUUGCCGGUCUCACUCAGGAAAGCAAGUUUCCACCCAGCUACUGGAUAAACACUCUAAGGUCAAUGAGGAACAAAUCAGAGACAUGACUUUGAAAUAUCUCCUUGGCAUUAUUGAAUAUCACAUUGGCAGGCUAGUAAGAGACCAACGGUUCUGUAAGGGUCUCAUUUUCAAAGAAGAACGGAAGCUUUUUGAGCUGAAAGGUCAGAGAUAUGAAUAUCCUCAUGGCAAACCUGACCUUUCGGAAGAAAAAUUUGGUCCUAUUGUACGUAAAUUGAAGACUUUAUCUAAAUCAAAUCAUGAAAGUUUAAAAUGUAUGAAGGAAGGACUACUUGCAUGUUUUAAUAGCGAUCCUCUAUUAUCUGAAGUGAAGGCCAUUAUUAUGGAAAACACGGCAAUUUUUAAGAAGGCUGCUCCAGUUAUUUCCCAGUAUCAUGAUUUCAUUGACAGAGUAAAUACAGAGAUCUCAUGGCUUAAUAGGGCUGCGAAAAAAGCUGAACAUGUUUACGGUCUUCUCUCGGGUCGCCAGCCAGUUUUGGCAGAAUUGGAAAGUCGCAUUUAUGAGCUGAAGAGAAGAGUAACCGUUCUUUCAAAAGAAUGCCCCGAAAGUUUGUACUCGCGGUGUCAGGCUUUGGAUACCGUGGCCAAACUUUGGGAAGACGUUGACCUGCUGAUGAAGGAACUAGUAAUGUUUAGACAAGCAGCUGAAGAUCUGUGUCUUAUCUCGAAGAACCUCAGAAGCCUCCUGAGUGAGAAAAAUAUGUAUGCUCACAGGUUCCACAUUACUGAGCAACACAUAAAGAGAGAAAGUCACCAACUGCACGGAGCACUACUUGAUCUUCAGCUCAAGGUGGAGCAGGCAGAGGCAUCUUAUGUGGAGAAGAUGGCUGGACUGUCUGAGCGAGAAACUCGACCCAUGAAGUAUGAAAAAUUAAUUAUUGACAACGCCAUUUCCUGGAGGACUAGGCUGUUCCGUGGAAAGAAUAUACUGGGAACUAUGAGAGAGCAGGGACUAGACAUGUGCGGUUAUGUGUCGACCGUGGUGAUGACAGAGUCACUCUUCAAAAGAGCUUGGCCCUGGCCCUCUGAGUUUGUCAUUAAACUCUCUGAAUAUCACCUCCAAGAUAUCGUGAGGGCCUUUUGUGCCAAAAAUAAAAUGAAAGGCAAGGACACACUUGAUGUUUGUCUUGGAAAAAUGGUAGAGACGGGCGUUGUUAGUGAAAGUACGUACAACGGAGCUGACUUCGACACAAUGGGCUUUGAUAGAUACCGCAUAUCUGAAUUUGAAAAAUUGGAGCCUCCUUAUAUAAAUGAAUCUAUUGAUAAGUUGGAGGAUGGGACAGUUUUAAUCGGAACUUUUGGGAUUACCAAAGGGUAUUUCAGCUUGGGGCCUGAUGAUGUGUACGAUGCUCCAGAAGAUUCUGAGUUUGAGAUAGGCCCAAGUGGAAAAAUCCCAACGCAUGCUGUUGUCAUAGUUGGCUAUGGGGUGACCCUUGCAGGUUUCCCAUACUACGUUUUCCAAAACUGGUAUGGACCAGCUUGGGGCAGAGAUGGCUUCGGCAUGGUAACUGCUCGUAGUAUCAGGCUCAUGUAUGCAGCAGAGCUGUAGAUAGACUAGGAAGUGUGACGAGGCGUAGUGCGGUGCGUGGCUAACAUUUGCGCAGAGCAGCUUUGGUUGGUCAAUGUAGCAGUGGAACUCUUUGUCGUUGUUUGCAUGCGGUUGUCUGCGGCCUCUGGUGGCGUGGGCUAGACCACACGAGUUGUAAAUCAGACCAAGAAAAGCGCUACGUUUAUCUUUUCUUUCAAGUACCAACUCGCCAAGAGAGGUUUGAAGAAGAAUUAUCUUUCUUUGGUAUGUGGCAUGUUUGAUAAAUGUAGAAGGGAAAUAACUGAAGAAAUAGUUAUUGCAGCUUCGUGGGGAAAAUGUAUUAACAGAAAGCGAUUACAUGGAUGGUGACAUUUAAUUGUAAUGGUAAAUUGCAAAUUCUCCUUC